UUUCCCACACCUCCAGCAAGAUAUAAAAGUUGAAGGUCUCUGGGCUUUUCUUGCAUUCUUCCUUUCUGCAGCCUCUUGUUCUUAUCUGAAAGAAAAAUGAACGGAUUUGCUGCAGCCGUCGUUCUGCUGGGAGUCCUUUGGGCUCCGAUUUCUGCAUUGGAGGGCUUUUCCCUGCUGGACCCUGUCAAUGGCUACGUCACUGGAACUAUGACCAUCGACGGUGGGAAUCACGUUGUCGAUGUCCAUGUCCGUUCUGGCGUGUUCUCCUCUGAUACCAUUUUUGACUACUCAACUGGGUAUGUUGCAACAAGGUUAUUUUCACGGAACGCCUGCUUUAUCAUGAAACUAGAUAAGGACCGCAUCCCAGGGCUGGAAAGACUCAGCCGCGUGGCUUUUGAGAGACAGACCAUGAGGACAGUAUACUCUCCAGACAAUGUGUGGGUAGAGUUUCAAUCUGGCCGUUCCAGGUUGGGGGAUGUGGAAGACUGGCUUCGCUAUGGUAAACCCAUUGAGCGCCUCUGCGCAGGUCUGCCUCUCUACCAGCUUUCAAACACUCAGCCACCAACGAAUGCUAGCGCCUGUGCCAGUGCAGGGAUUCCAAGCAUUCUGGGCAUUAAUAUCUGUGAAAACCUCACUGCGGAGGGAUAUUGAAAAUUCCACUGCAUGGAAACAGCUCGUUUCUUUGCAUGCUCUUAUGAUGCCUUGUUCUCCAUCUGGAACAGCACUCGGUGUUAUACUCAACUUGUCUGUCCUAAGCUUUGAGUGCAACACACCUGUGAUACACAAAUAAAGUUGAUGCAGUAAUUAAAA